AUGAGCGAAGUGUGCAUGAACGACGCUGAAAUCUUCUGCACUUGUGAUUCAAGUCAGAACGUCACUCAGCCUCCCCCAAUUCCGACAAACCGACCCAUCAUCACGCCACCUCCAGAAGAAUGCUCCGUCCAGCCAAUUAUUCUUUACCUACUCUGGAUCGAGGAUGACUUCGGACUUCGAAACCACAAGGAAGCUCAUCGAAUGGGCGAGUUUUAUGGCUACUUUCUUGAGACCCUCCAUCAAGAGCUUGGAAACACUGGGAACGAAUACAACAUUCAGAUUCGAAGCGUCCGGAAAGAUGAUACGAAACGAAACGAGUAUCAGAUCUGGAAGACCUUCACUCUCGGGCCCAACUCUGGCAGUAACAUUCAAGCUACCGUCGAUCGUCAAGGAAUCGACAACUUCUUCUCCGCCUUCGAUUUCGUCCGAUCUGACCUGGAGCGCGAAUCCGCCAACAAUCGCCAACCACUCGCCUUGCUGGUCACCAUGUCGAGCAAAUUGAAAGUGACUGUCCAGCGCGGCCAGCUGGAAAUCUUUCAAAACGAGUUGGCUUACUGUCAGGAGCAGCCAUUUGCGCACACGGCGAUGAUUGUGCUCGACGAUUUUCCCACUGCGGCUCCUGGGCGCGCUGCGAGGGGAGCGCUUGAAAGUGGACUCAAGUGUGCGUUGACAGAAUCCUCCGGCGCAAUUAAUCGGCUCUUUUCAUCAAAAACGUGCGGACCAGAAUCUAACUACGAUGAGAUCUCAUCUUGUCCGAUGUUCUUGGGACGCGAGGGUCGAUACUGGGAAACUUCAAAUGCUGCGAGAAAGCUUUCUCGACAGAUUUCUUCGUCGAUUAUUCGCGAAAUUCCAAAGCCUUGCGGCAGCAAGUUUACUCAACCAGUUCCAUUCAAUUACAUUGCUGACGAUCCAAGCUACUCAAGCAGCAGUUCUUUCCCAAGCUCCUACUCCGGCCCUGCCUUCCCAAUUGUCCCCAGCGACCCUUCGAAGACCUGCUACGUCGAUAUGAUUAUCGCCAUCGACCUUUCUUGCAUGAACUCUGACGAGUUGGCGAUGCAACUUCCGCAAAACUUCAUCAACGGCAUCGUCGAACGACUCGCUCGCGAGGGCGUCUUCUCACGUGACCAUCAUUUCCGACUUGAACUGAUCGGAUUUCACGAGAAAGUGAUUCGUGCAGUUUCGCUCUCUGAAUUCUCCUUUGUUCAAAAUAGAAACGCUCAGUUUGCGAGAGACCGAGUUCGAGCUGGUCUUCAAUUUCUUUACCAAAAUUUCGAAGCACAAAACUACGAGACCGACUUUGUCAAGGCCAUUCAUGAUAUUGCCAUUGACUUUGACAGCCGAUCUUACAAGCACCGAGAGCUGCUUAUUUUCACAAAUGGCCAGCACUCGAAAAACAUGUGGGCGGGUGGAAAUGGAUUCUGGAUUGAAAGUGAGAAGGCCGACUUGAGACAGAUCAUCAACCAAGAACUCGUUGGAGAUCUCGAUAGACCGGUGAAAGUGACUGCUUUUGCCAUGAAUGAUCCAUGCGUCCCAAGUGGCAAUAGAUACGAUUACCCCGAAGACUGCUCUUUCCCGGAAAUCCUCAGAAUGCUCGACCCAACUUUCACGAGUCAACAAACGCUCAUUUCUUACAAGACAGUCGACGCUACUCAGUCUUAUAUGAACACAAUUGUAUCAAGAUUAUCCGACGAAGUGAAAGAGACGGCGCAAUGUUGGGAAAUUGAACAAAAGAAAGUUCCAUGCGCAUGUUCCGCGCGCGUGACUAUUUCGGCAAGAAUGGAGUCUAUCAAAUCGCAGGGAGAAGAGGGUCCUCAGGGUCCUUCUGGCGCUCAAGGACCACCAGGACCAAGUGGAUUCACCGGUCCUCCAGGCCUACCUGGCCCAGAUGGAAUCAAGGGUCGACGAGGCAAUCGCGGACCAAGAGGUGAAGAUGGACCAAGAGGCCGUGCCGGACCAGGAGGUUCCCCUGGAAAGCCUGGUAUACCAGGACUCGAUGGCAAACCAGGCGAACCAGGAGCUCCGGGAAAGAUGGGAUCAGAAGGGCCACGCGGUCCGCCUGGACCGAGAGGACCAAAAGGAGAGAAGGGUCUACCAGGUCUCCCAGGCGAUUUCGAGGGCGAUCGAGGACCAGCUGGACCUCAAGGUGACGCUGGAGAGCCAGGAGAGCAAGGUCCCCCAGGAUUGGAAGGAAGAAAUCUUAUCGAUCCAUUCGGCAAUAUUUUGGAGGAUAUUGAGUCGGACAUUGCUGAUCGACUUAUGAAGGUUAUUGAAGGUGAUGAGUACGAUAUCUACUUGGAAGCAUUUGCUCGUCGGGUUGCACCAGAGUUUUGUAACGAUUGCACGGUGAAAACAACAGAAGCACCAACUACAACGACUUCAACUACAACCACAACAACCACCACGACCACGACCACCUCCACCACUACCAUCACCACGACACCACGAACAACUCGACCUACCACUGAUCGACCUCAAAUCUCCCCUCAAUGCUCCUGCUCUCGUGACAUUGGUCGCGAUCUCACAAUCUUCCUGGACAACUCCGAGUCUGUCACUUCUCUCGGCGUUGAAGUAUCAAAGAAGAUCUCUUCUUCCGUCGCUGAUAUGGUCGAAGAAUGGGCCCAGUCGAAUUCCAACCAGAACUCGGUAGCGAUUGUUACACAGUUCUCAGCUCGUCUCCGACAACCAAUUUAUGAGAAAACUGCAGCCGAGUACAAACGAUCUUCGAAAGAUGCUCGAAAAGCUGAACUUGAGGAGCAUUUGUUGAAUAUCAUCACCACGCCUUACGGAGAUCAAGUUGCACUCGCAAGCGAUCUAUCGCAGGAUUGGCAGAGCUGGGAACACGAGUUUGGAGAAGCUAGGACUGCGAUUGAAGGAACGACGUUCUUCUUCACAACGCUCAAGGAUCUUGUCAACUUUGCUGAGCGAACUGACAAUCAAGGAUGGGUACACGACCGGAAAGAAAACAUUCUAUUCGUCAUUACAGAUGCGUCCAAAUUUGACGAUGAUCCAUGGCCAAUUCGUCAGGACCAGACCCACCAAAUCGAGCCAAUGACCCAAAUGUCCACCGCUGAAGCUUGCGAAAUGUUCGUCAAGCUGAGGGAAAUCUACGAAUCUCGCUGGAUUAUUGGAACAACAGACAUCGAUUCUCCCGAGUAUCAGUGGCAGAAGAUGAAAUUUGCCUCACUGAAUGACUACGAAAAACGCUGCACCGGCCAGUCGGACUCAAUCUUUGAUCACAAAAACUUCCAAGAAUCUGCCCUGCACUACGCCAAUUUCGGAGGAUGGGAAGGUCUUUUCGAAAAAACCUCGUCCAUCGAGUCGGACAAUCUUCCUUCAAUGAACUGCUGUCCAUCUAUUCGAGUUAGAAGAUCUGGGUCUGAUUCUUCCUAUGAUAUUUUAUCGUACAAGAAUUUUAACUAUAAUGGAUGUCCGGUUUACAGUGGAUCUAAGAUGAGCCUGAAUCUUGAUCGAUAUGGUUGGGAACUUUCCUCUGUCGGAUAUGCGAAUGUGCCUGCUGAUGAGCAGCAAAAAUGCUGUCCAAAAGACGACUCUGGAAACUUCUUGUCUUUCCGCAACCCAUACACGUACGAAAAUUACUUGUUAGAGUGCGUUGAGGAAGAACCGCAAGUUGACAAUGAUCUUUGCACUUCUAUGGUCUAUGUUGCCGAUGAACUUGACCGAGAUGUCCGUGAAUUUAUUGCGAAGGACACAAGCUUGUACCACAACUUGAAGAACUGCAAAGCCAGCCUCGUGAUGAACCAAGAGGAAAUCAUCCAGAUGAUGCCGAUUCAGGAGUUUAUUCAGCACUUCAAAAGAACUUCCUACCGCCCAACCGUCAGUGGACCAGUCGACUACCAAAAAGAUUUGGACUUUGCGCACUCUGUCCUAGAAAAAGAAGGCUUUACGUCUUCCAACCAGCAUUUGAUGAACCAACCAGUUGUCAAAAUGAUCAUCAAAGGACCGACAACUUCUCCUUAUUCCUAUACUAGCUAUUCAUCCUAUUCGAGCAUUUUCUAUUCAAAGACAUUUGUCUUUACGACGUAUGAGCAUGAACAGCUGAUGCGACUUGCCUCUGGCCCUGAAUAUAGAUUUGUUAGACGAUCUGUUCCUGAACUUACGGAACAAGCGAUUCUAGAGUCGAUUCCUGUUAUGAACAAACUCAAAGGACACUGCGAAAUCACCACGACAACAACAUCGACAACAACAACAACGACCACAACAACCACGACUACCACCACAACAACAGAGCGAACAACUACUCCCACUACAACGGAGGUUCCGAGUAUUGCAAAGGGAACCAACUGCGUUGACUUGGUCAUCGUUGUUGAUUCCAACCUCGGCCGGGAUCACAAUAAGAACUAUCUCAACUUUGGCGUCGCUGAUAUCAACAUGCGAUUCAUGGAUAACUUGGAACAUUACUCUCGAAGCAAACUUAUCUUCGCUUCGCCAAAAACUGGUGAUAGGGAUAUUGAUCCUGAUGCUCAACCCGGCGAGUUCUACCCAGUAGAGGAGUUUAACAGAAUGAUCUGGCCAAUAAGCAAGAACAACUAUUUCAUGAAGGAGCUGAAGAAACGAGUUAAACCAGGAGUUGUCAACAUGAAUGCCGCGAUUGAAUAUGCUGAGCGCUCACUGGGCGCUGUUGAGCGAAUGUACGGCGAUAGAAGGAAUAAACCCGUUAUCAUCGUUUUCGCUGAUCACCCACGAAGCUACAACAGUCCGGUCCCCUUCAAAAUGUCAAGUGACAUCGACUACUUUUUGGUCACGACGAGAUCUGAUGGUGGACUGGAUAUGAUCGCUUCUAGCGUAGAAAACAAGAUCCUUCUUUCGCGAUGGCGCGAAUUAACAACACAGUUCGACCUUUCCGAGCCCGUCAAGAUCAUCAACAGAGACGACUCUUGGAAAUGCAUGGAUCCAUCCGCCACACCAGCUCCAACAACAACGACCACAAGCACAACUUCCACAAGUACAUCAGGCGCACGAGAAUGUCCUUACUGGAUGGAAGAAUGGGAUGCUUCUAGAUUGAACAAAGUGACUCUCAGCAGCGAGUCUGACAACGACGAGGAGAACAUCUUCUUGGCCGAUUGUCUCAGAAAACGUAUCAAUGCUAGAUCUCGCCGAUCACUUUUGUAUCCUAAAAUCAAGCUCACUUUCCGCUUUGAAAACUCACGGGAAGAGAAAGUCGCCAGUGGAGAACUCUUCCAAUCAUCAACUGGAGUAAUUUGGAGCUACAACGCGGCGGACCCACAAGAAAGUGGAAUUGGUUUCGAGCUUGAAGUCUGGUUGUCUGAAGACAGGGCUUCGCUGAAUCACAUUCGUGGGGCGGAAAAAAGCAUGGAAGAUCCAGAUUCUUGCACUUCUCGACCAGAUCUGGCGCUUGACAACGCGUCUUUCGACUCUUCCAAAUUUCAUUUGGUCGACUACACUUUGGUCCUUAAAACUCCUCUUUCAACAAUCAACGAAAAAAAAAACUCCUUCAAUUCUUCAAAACUCUUCUGA